AUGGGAGAUACUCCGCCUCUUCAAGAAGUACCUCCAGAUCUGUUAUUUCUUAGUUCAGAUCCGAUUUUAACCCAUGUACCUGUUCCAGAUCUGGUCGUUUCUCGUCUUCAAUCAGUGGAUAGUACCUUGGUUUUGCCGUGUACCUCUCCUCGUGCGGUGCCUACGGUCCCUCUGUCUAGUCCUGUAGCUACUUCUCCUUGGAUUUCAAAGUUUAAAUCUUCUUUUCAUAAUCUCUCCAAAGUUGCGUCGCCGUCCUUUUCGGAUGAUGGCACUCCAAUGGUCAAAGCUCCAGCCUCAAUUACCCUCGGUUCCUCUCAGAUUUGGAAAGAUCAUUUGGUUGCGUAUUUUCAUGGAAUUCCUCCUUCUCCGGCAAAGAUUUUUUCAGACCUAAAUCCGAUUUGGGGAAAACAAGGAAGAAUCUCUGUCAAGCAUCAAUCGGCAAGGAUUUGUCUUAUUUACAUCCCAUGUGCAAUCACAAGACAAUGGGUUCUUGAUGUUGGUUUUUGGAACUCCGGAAAUUGCUCAUUUACUGUCUCUCCGUGGUCUCCUUCUGCUGAUCUUUCCCCAAUGAAAUUGGUUCAUGCUCCGGUAUGGGUCUUGUUCAAAAAGGUUCCCCCAGAGCUUUGGUCAUUAGUUGGGUUUAGCACUAUUGCUUCUGGUGUGGGAAUCCCGGUUCACUCAGAAUUUCCAAAGCUGAGUCCUUAUUCUAAUGGAGUUGUUAAGCUAAAGGUUGUUGUGGAGCUUGAGAAGAAACAACCCAGUUCCGUCAUAGUCACUGAUAAUCUCGGAAACUCUGUUAUGGUGUCUGCUGAGUUUCCAAAGCUUCCUCCUCGGUGUGGUUCGUGUUUGGAAUUUGGUCAUUUGGACCUUCGUUGCCCUACUCCAGCUGCCCGUGCCAUAUCGCCGGUUCAUCCAACGCGUGUAAGCCCUUCUCCUCUGGAUAAUGUUGGAGAAAAUUUCAACGCUUCUUCUAUGGCUCCGGGUAUCAGUAUUUCAGAACAGCAUGUUCCUGCUGUUGUUCGUACCAACAAUUCCCCAUCUUUUUCAUUGGGUGCAAGCGAAGCUAGCAGUUCUGGUGGUUGGCUUCGUGUGGUCAAUCGGUCAAAGCCUCGUUUAUCAUCUUCUGAGUCAGCCUCUAAGUCUAUCCAUCCGGUUACUUCUGCUACGUUUGCAGAAGAAGAGGACAUGAUUAAGGCUGCUCAGGUUAUUAUGCGUCAAAGAAUUGCAGAUUUGGAAGUUCAGGCUCCAUCUUUUGUGUCUGCCUCUGUGAGAAAAAAGGCACGGAGAAUUCUAAGACAGAAGCUCCUUCUUUUAUCUGCGUCAGAGCCUUGUCUGGACCCUCCGGUUGUUAUAUCUAAAUCAGUUUCUACAAGUUUCAAUUCUAGGUCUGUAUCUAAGGAACAAUUGCGUCUGCAAUCUGUUCCCUUAUCUAACGUUUAA